UUUUUUGUUUUUUUGUUUUUUUGUUUUUGUUUUUGUUUUUUUAUAAAUUCUAUGUCGCUGUUUGGUUAUGUCAUCAAGCCGUGAAAGGUACAAUAUAUUUUAGCUUAGGUUCGACAAUUUCAUCAUGUAAAAGUUUUCACAUUUAUAUGGCUUAUCGUAAAUAGCGGCUUUUUAAUACACUUUUCACAUCGGCUAUCUAUAUCGACCGAUCUUUGUAUACUGAAUUAGUUGGACGUUAUAUGUUUAUGAUGGCUGAAAAUCUAUUAAUCCAAAAACUAAAUGAAGCUAUAGGCCUAUACUAUUGCUCCGAUCCAGAACAUCUCUGAUUAGUUAAUGAUUUUAAACCCUUAUUACCGUGGGCGUAAGCGAAGGACUGAAGGUCAUUGGACAAUGGACAUAUACUAUAUUAAUUGUAUGUCACGAUGCUUUUCCCUUACUAUUUCCCGUCAUAGAGACAUCAAAAGAUAUCUUUAUUAAUCGAAUUCCCAGACGACGCCAGACCCAUUUCUAGUUUUUACUGUUGAGCUUAUUAACGACAAGUGUUUUUCAGAUACCAACUCUGGUUGAUAUGUUUCUAUAGUUUUUAUGGGCGAUACAUGUGCGUAGGAGUUGAUGACGUUUUUUUUUUACCGCAAGCCGACUUGUUGUUCAAUUUUUAUCAAGUCUCCAGAGACGGAAACGCUGUGGUUGUGAGCGGACGUGCCGUUUGCAUACUCGCUUCUAGUGCUUGGAGGCUGACAUAUUUAAAAGUAGUUUCUACAAAUGGUGGCCAGAGAAUAAGGGAAACAUUUUCUUGAAUCGCUUGGGAUUUAUUAAUCGUACAGAAGAAUUUCAGUUGUGCAUUUCAGUAAACUUUAAGUUUUAAGAGUCGUGAAAAAUACUCCCUUACAAAUUCUGUAAAUUGCGUACAAGUACUAUCCCACCUUUCGACGUGAGGUAAAAUAAUGUGUAGUCCAGCAUGACGGCGUGUACGAAAUGUUACUGGGAAGUGGUUCUUCUACUACUAACAGUAUUUUUAGAUGAAUCAAAUGCCAAGGCGUGUACUAAUGGUUCCAGCGCCGUAGCUGACUGUCUGCACACUUACCUAGAGCGCGAUUUUCCUUCCAUCGAAGCUAUCGUCUUCCCUAAAAAUCAAGGUCAAACAGACCACGUUUUGCUUUUGGAUGGGCCCGAACUCGCAGAUCAAUGCCAUCGCAUUGGCGAAGUUGUCGAGUGUUUAGAAGCCCUGCAAACCGAAUGCUACUACUACGAAGAUUUUUUCCCCUUCCGUCAUUUAGUAAGAUCCCUCCGCAGAUCCAUCGACUGGGUGUGUACGCCUGAGCAUCUUCGUAGUCGAUUUCGGACAUUGCUUAAUGCUUUCAACUGCUUGGAGACGGCCCGUCAGAAAGCCAGUUCUAAAGGUCAUCCUUGUUUCCGACCUAACAUUCCAGUGAAUAUAUGGCAAAGAAUAAUUCGACUUCAAAGUGGCAGCGAAGUCUGCCAGUCGUUGACUGCUCACGUGAACUGCACCCAAAGAUACACAGUCAACUGUCCAAAAGAAGCACAGUCCGUCUAUAAAGAAUUGAAUCAAUUGUUUUUGAAUUCAUGGUGCACACCUUCACAAAUGCAUACAAGAAGUUGGGCGGAGUCAUCUCUUUCAUCCAGCGUUCUACUUUUAACAACAGCCUUGGCGCUUGUCAAAGUGCAAAGAUAUUUAAUAUAAAGUAUGCGAAAUACAAGGAAUGGAAUACGUA